UUUUAGUGUUGCGGCAAUGCGCAUGAAAGUGCCCGCCAAGUUCGGAGUUUGUCCCGAGUUCUAACCAGAAGUCCAUAACUAACAUUCUCUUUCUCCUUCACCCGCGCACAACAAACAGAAAAUUUGAGGUGGAAUUUUCAAAUCUCUCUGAUUUUCCCAAAGAUUGGAGCAUCCUCCGUCAACAACGAGGUUUUCACCACGUAUAUCACCCAAUCCAAUCCAAUAAUGCUACGUUCCAAAUCCAGAUCUGGAUCGGUUGAUUUUCGACAGAGCAGCAAUCAUCACUCGGUGUUUGCAAGAACAAUCUCUGCAUCCAAGCUCUGUAGAGGCGACGCUUUAGGAUCGCAGAUCGAUGCCGAAGCCGUUGUUUCUCUGCAACGGAAGCCUUCCAAGACUGAGAGUGGGAUUAAUAGAGUCACAGUAGUGCUGCAGAAGCAAAUGGGGGAGCUAGAAGAGGAGCUGAGGGAUACCAAACAGAAACUAUGUUCCGCCGAGGAGGACAGAAACCAAGCCCUUCGGGAACUAAGGGAGAUAAAAGAGGUAGUUCAGGAGAUCAAGUCAUUGAAGGAUUUGUUGUCUUGUACACGAGAAGAGUCGAAUGCGAAAGACAAGGAUAUCCAGUCUUUGAGAGCGGAGCUGGACAGUGCCAGGGAUUUUGAGCUUAAGUUGUUGCAAAGAGACUCGAGUUUAGAGAGGUUGAAGGAGGAAUUGGGCGAUGCAGCGAGGGAUUUGCUGGAUGAUCACAGGAGGAAAAUCCAGGAGCUAGAAGAUGAAGUGGAGGACAGGAAGCUGUCGGAGUGCCAGGCUUUGGAUUCCUUGGAGUCUCAGACGAAGGCGUUUGAGCAGACUAAGAUUGAGUUGGAAGAACACAAGGAGAGAAUUGGUUCACUUGUUGAGAGGAUUCAGUUGUUGGAGGCAAAUUCCAGGAAGAAAAGAAGCCAGUCCAGUGAUUCUUCUGAUGAUGAUUUUCGUCAUUCAAAGAGAGAAGAACCUGAACUUCGAGUCUUAAAACAGAAGCUGGCAAAAUCUGAAGAGAGCGAGAGAAUCGCGUUAUCAAAGGUUAGUAGGUUGACAGACGAACUAAAUACGCUCAAGAAUGAACUGAAGUACGCUACUGGUGCAGAGGAACAGAGCAGUAUGGCGAUGGAUGAUUUAGCACUAGCGCUGAAGGAAGUAGCAACAGAGUGUGCCGAGACUAAAGAAAAGCUUUUCACUACUAAGUCGGAGCUCGAUCAAGUGAAAGAAGAGUUGCAAAAGAUGACAGAGAUGGUGGGGAGCACAGAAGAAAAGUAUGAGAAGCUUUUGGAUGAGGCGAAAAAUGAAAUCGAGCUGCACAAAAAAACAGCUGAGAGGUUGAGAUCAGAAGCCGAGGACACACUUUUUGCUUGGAACGGGAAGGAGAUGGGAUUUGUGACUUGUAUCAAGAGGGCCGAGGAAGAAAGGGCGCUUGCUCAACAUGAAAACACUAGGCUGGCCGAGGCACUAAAAGCAGCUGAGCACAUGACUAGGGCAGCAAGGGAAGAAACCUACAAACUAAGGGAUAUAAUGAAACAGGCCGUUAAUGAAGCCACUGCAGCAAAAUCAGCAGCUGAUAUUGCACGGGCAGAAAAUUCUCAGCUCAAAGAUCUGUUGACUGACAAGGAUGAAGCCGUGCAUUUCCUUUCUCGUGAGAAUGAACGUCUCAGGAUCAACGAGGCUGCAGCUAAUGAGAACGCCAAGCAGUACAAACUAAUGCUUUCUUAUGUGUCCCAAGAGUUGAAGGUUGAGGAAAGGGAUCACGAAGGGAUGAAGACCCCGAAUACAGAUAGCGAGGGGCAUGAAGAUGAAGAAGAAGAAGAAGAAGUAGAAGAAGAAGACGAAGAUGAGGAGAACAAAGAGGAUAGAAAAUUCAGCAUUGAUCUCAGAGAGCUGGCAUUGCUCAAAGAGGACGAGGAUGAUACACAAUCAAGAAUUGAACAUGAGGAUCCUGAAAAGGCCGAGGCACUCAAGGGCUCCAUCUUUGAUACCCCUUACUCACCCAAGUCAGAGCCGCGCACCCCAAAGCAACAACCAGUUCAUCAUCGCCGCAAGUCUACUGCCUUUGCAGAUGCUGAAGAUUCACCAAACACAGAAGAUGCUGGUGAAACUAUAGAUAAUAGUCAUCAUGUAGAUGAGUCAGAUAGUGAAAAGAAUUCGCAUAGAAGAAAAAAAGCAUUGCUUCGCAGAGUUGGAGACCUCAUAUUGAGAAAGAGUUUCAGUAGGAAGGAGCCAUCCCCAGUUCCACCUUCAUCCCCAGCAGCACACACUUCAUCCCCAGCCCUGGAGUAGGCCUAUACUGCACAUAUAGCUAAACCUGAAAUGGUAUGAAUUUUUUGUUUCAUAAUAUCCUAUAAAGAAAUACUUCUUUUAUCAGGGAGAAAAAUGAGGUGACAAAUUAUAAGCCUCUUUUCACCUUUAUUUUUUUUAAUUUUUAAUUUGUAAUUUUUUUUUACUUGCUCUUGGCAAUCUUGUACUAUGGCAUUUGUACAGAGCAAUCCAUCAUAGAAAUAUAUUUUCAUUUGGAAACA